GGCUUUCCCGGCGCUCCUCGCGCCAAGAUGGCUGACAGGAGCUUCCGGCGGGGAGGCGCGCGGUGCCGCCGCGGGGGGUGCGAAGCGUGACGGUCGGGUCCGGCCGAGGGCUCUGCGGAGCAGUGUGCGGCCGUGGAUGAGAGCCCAGCUGGGAGCCAGGAGGUCCCCGAGCCCGCCUGAGAGCCAUGGCCGCGGUGGUGGCCAAGCGCGAGGGGCCGCAGUUCAUCAGUGAGGCGGCCGUGCGCGGGAACGCGGCCAUCCUGGACUACUGCCGGACGUCGGUGUCGGCCCUGUCGGGCGCCACGGCGGGGAUCCUCGGGCUGACGGGCCUGCACGGCUUCAUCUUCUACUUCCUGGCGUCCGUCCUCCUCUCCUUGCUCCUGGUGCUGAAAGCCGGGCGGCGAUGGAAUAAGUACUUUAAAUCCCGGAGGCCGCUUUUCACGGGAGGGCUCAUAGGAGGGCUCUUCACCUACGUCCUGUUCUGGACUUUCCUGUAUGGCAUGGUUCACGUCUACUGAAACAACGGCUGUGGUAGCCACGGUGGUUUUUAAUGAAGCAGGAGGACUGUUGCCAAACGUCACCCACACAACUAGGCCAGCUUACCUUUUAAACUUGUUCAUUGCUUGUAUCCUUAGUACUGUCAGUAAAUUAUGUCCGAGUACAAAUGAAUCGGUAGUACUGUUCUAAUUAAACUGAAUGUGAAACCA